AUGUCAGACCACGCAUCAACAUCAUCAAGGCCGCCACCCAAGAGGCCCGCGCCGGCACCCUCUCCCUCUCCCUCUCCCUCUGCCACGGGCGCAGCAGCAGGGCGGAGACCAAUCAACUUCAACAGCCCCAAGGCCAUCUUCCUCACCUGGACGGGCCUCGUCUUCGUCGCCGGCUUCGGCUACUUUACCGUCAAGUCGAACAACACGCAAAAGAAGAGGGAGUUCAUGCUUCGCCGCGGCCAGUCGCCCGCCGACGCCGAGUCGUCGGCAGAGGUCGGCAAUGGCGUACAGCCCGGGUACACGCCGGGCAACAACGAGAGGUUCUCCCAGUCGCCUCUUCAGUCCCUCACCUCGGCCUUUACCCGACAGACGGACCAGAGAUCGCGCACCAGGGAACCCCAGCAGCAGCCACAGCAGUCGUAG